AGACUUCUCAUACAACCACAGAUCUCACCGACCAUAAACAUGAAGCAAGCUGAAGUCCACGAUCAUAAGCGAAAGAAGCUGUCUAGCGCUCCGAAUCCCGACCCUCCAGAAGAGCCGAGCUCGGAAGACGGUUCUGAAAGUGGGAAUGGCUCCGAUGGAAGCAGCUACGGCGAUGAUUCGGAAGACGAGAUCGAUUAUAUCAAAAACCUGAACCUGGACAAGAACGGACGACCGCAUGUAGCACCAAAUGCCAUGAGCUUUCCUGAAAAUCUGGGUGCAGUGAUCGACGAUGAGGAUGGACAUCUACGGAGUGAUAAGACACAGAAAAGGAAGAGGAGGGCGAGAUCACCGACGAGUUUCGGAUUGAUGCUUUCGCAGGCCCUAGAAGCUUCGGAGAAGUCGAAUGCUACCGGGCCCUCAACGACCCUCCAUCCAGCGACUCGACAGGCCAACCGGAUUGCCAAACAACAAGCCGCAACCGAAUCCCAACGCAAGCAAUCGGCCGCUACCCGACAUGAGCUCCAAGAACGUGGACACAUCAAGGAUGUGAUUGGCGGAUGGACUCCUCGUCCGGCGGUCCCGUUCUCCGAGUGGCUCGUUCAGGGCGACCGGAAAUGGUCGGAUGAAGGCGCAUACGUCGGCGGGGCAAGCCAAGAGAAAACUCUGAGACGACUCGCCCAAACCGGUGUCGUCAAGCUUUUUAACGCCAUCAGGGCCGCGCAGAACGUCGACGACCAGGAUGUCAAGGCUGCCUUGACUACCCUCAGCGGGGCUCAAAAGAGGAAACUUAAUAAACUCGUCGGCGAGAAAGCUUCCAAGAAAGCUCUCGAGAAUCCAGAUCCAUCCGCCGAGGUCCAAGUCCCGGAAGGGGAAGCCUCAGUCGGUAGAUUCAAGCCGAACGUCUUGGGAAGUCGAGGAAAGGAUGAAGCUUUGGCAAAUUUAUCCAAAGCGACUUUCUUGAGCUCAUCAAAUCCGGCGGUAAACCCAGCUAAAAUCUCCCCACAUUUACUAUAUCUUCUGUUUUUUUUUGCCUUCUGUCGCCUCAUCACUUUACCAAAAAAAAGGGAAAAGCUGUGUGUCCAUUAAUUUCCAAUCCAGCUGACAGAUAAUCUCUUCGGAUUGAUACUCAAAAAAUGUGAUGUGACCUGGGCUACACACAGCUGAGGAGUUGCUACUUUCACAGCCUGAACUUUGCUCGAACUUUACCAGGUUCUGAGACUCUAGAG